UUAAAGAUACCUAAUCCUGGACCAGAAGCCAGCCAGCAGUCCCAGGGCCACACAGAGUCCCUCCACCCUGUCCCCAGCUCCCGGCCGGGGCUGCCAUGGCCUCCCUGUUCUCUGGCCGCGUCCUGAUUCGCAACAACAGCGACCAGGACGAGCUGGACACGGAGGCUGAGCUCAGCCGCAGGCUGGAGAACCGACUGGUGCUGCUGUUCUUUGGCGCUGGGUCAUGCCCACAGUGCCAGGCCUUCGCACCCAUCCUCAGGGACUUCUUCGUGCGGCUCACAGAUGAGUUCUACGUGCUGCGGGCAGCCCAGCUGGCCCUGGUGUACGUGUCCCAGGACCCCACAGAGGAGGAGCAGGAUCUGUUCCUCAGGGACAUGCCAAAAAAGUGGCUCUUCCUGCCCUUCGAGGAUGACCUGAGGAGGGAUCUCGGGCGCCAGUUCUCCGUGGAGCGCCUGCCGGCUGUUGUGGUGCUCAAGCCUGGAGGGGACGUGCUCACCCGCGACGCAACUGACGAGAUCCGGCGCCUGGGACCCGCCUGCUUCGCCAACUGGCAGGAGGCGGCGGAGGUGCUGGACCGCAACUUCCUGCAGCCCGAGGACCUGGACGACCCCGCGCCCCGGAGCCUCACCGAGCCGCUGCGCCGCUGCAAGUACCGCGUGGACCCGGCGGCUCGGGGCAAACGCCGCCCCAGGAGAGGGAGCGACCCCGAGGGGGAGGGCGGAGCGGAGGGCGGGGACGGGGAGCUGUUCUGAGACCCCUGCGCAGAGCACACGCCUGAGCUUCCCAAAGAGUGCCCUCCCAGACCCUACAGGGACACAGCAGUGGACACUUGAGGCAGACAUCCAGCUGUCCCCGAAACAGCGGACCCACCCCCAGCGCGGGGACGGGGCGGGGGGGG